AUGGCAGCCAGACGUGUACUUCUUACUGGUGGAAGCGGCUUCGUUGCCUCGCAAAUUCUAAAGAUUCUCAUAGCCCAAGGUUACUCUGUGCGGACGACAGUCCGAUCACAGGUCCGAGCAAACCAGGUCAGAGACGAAUAUCGUGAUGUUUCCAACGACCGGCUUGAUUUUGCCAUAGUCGAAGACUUAGAUGUCGAAGGGGCUUUCGACGAUGCCGUUAUAUCUGAUCCCCCAUUCGAGGCUGUGAUUCACACUGCUAGUCCCUUCCGCUUCAACGUCACAGACAUCCAAAAGGAACUUAUCGACCCCGCAGUCAUGGGCACCAUCAGUAUUCUGAAGGCGGUCAAGAAAAAUGCCCCGACAGCAAAGCAAGUAGUCAUGACCUCGUCGUUUGUUGCCAUGGUUGAUCCAGCAAAGGGUCACUGGCCGGGGCAUAAAUACUCAGAGGAGGAUUGGAAUCCAACCACUCUUGAUGAGGCGCUGCAAAACCCCAUUAGUGGUUAUCGAGGAAGCAAGACUUUCGCCGAGAAAGCUGCUUGGGAUUUCGUUCGUUACGAGCAGCCUAACUUCACACUCACCACUAUCAACCCACCGCUGGUGUUUGGACCGCUUGCCCCCAACGUCACGUCGUUGAAUGGAUUGAAUACAUCCAACGAGUUCUUUCGAGACCUUAUCUUGGGUAAAUUCCAGGAUCAUCUUCCCCCAACCAUCGCCCACAUUUGGGUUGACGUCCGCGAUCUAGCCCAGGCGCACGUUCGAGCGCUAGAGGUCUCAGAAGCAGCAAAUAGCCGGUUCUUUGUGGCGGCCGGAAUGUUCAGUAACCGCGAGAUUGUGAGGAUUAUACGCUCUCGUAUGAGUGAGUAUAGCUCCCGGUUACCACCAGAAAGUAUAGAGGGUGGAGAUUAUCCACAAGGUGGCAUUUAUGGUAUAGACAAUUCACGCACCCAGAAGAUCCUUCGCGUGGGAUUUCGAUCUCUAGAGGAAAGUGUUAUCGACACAGUCAAAUCCAUCGAGGGCCUUUUAUAG